UGGAGUCGGCGAGCGAGCGAUGCAGAGAGGAGCGCACCCAUCCAUCCAUCCAUCCGUGUGCGCAUCGUGGUGUGUGUGUGUGUGUAUGUGUGUGUGUUGUGUCGGUGCGCGCUGGAUAGUCGAUCUGGCGUGGUGUCGUUGGUGUACAGACAGGAAAGAAAAGGUGCACACCUGUGUGUAGCUUUUGCUAACUCACUCGCCGUGUCUGUCUGUCUGUCUGUCUGUGUCGCCACUGUCGAAUUCACUCACCCAUUGUAUCUGAUCGAUCAGAUUUUGGCAGGCAGUGUGCAUGCGUCUGGCCAUGAGUGUAGGAAGAUAGAGUGCACGCAUGAGUGGCAUGACCUUACCUUGGUUGGCCGAUCGAUGGAUUGGUGGAUGGAUGGAUGGAUGCAGUUUUGGAGGCGAUGAAAUAAAUGAUUGGUGUCAGUCGGUUUUGCUCGCGAGAUCGAGGUGGAGAGCCUGCAGACAGAGAGCACAGUGAACUGUCCGCACAGAUGGACCGAGACACGUACCUGCACACAGACAGAGUGACAAUGAGUGAGUGGAGUGCAUUGCAUGAGCGCGUCAGUCACUUUUUGAAAUGCAGUCGGUCCGUCGAUCGAUCUCCGUACGUAUACGCACACAUCGAUCAUGUCAUGUGUGUACAGUACUCAAAUCAAUCACAGGCAUUCAUCGAUCAAUCACAGGCACUCAAGACCCACCAGCAUGAUGAAGGCUGCCGCUGCGUGUCUGUGCCUCCUGCUGGUCUUGUGUGAGGGUCUGCUGCCGCCCCGCGCACAAUACGGGCUGCUGACUCGGAUUCGCCGCCGCAAGGCAGUUGGCAAGAAGGCCUUCUUUCCACCACUGACGCCUUGGAUUGCCCGAACACUCAAUCGAGCGUGCAAGACGCAAUUCGGUCUGCCUGCAGCUAGAGACACAGAAAUAAUCAACGACCGAUGUCUCUCUCUCUCUCUCUGUGUGUGUGUGUGUGUGUGUGUGUUUGUGUGUGUGUGUGUGUGUAUGUGUGUGUCAGGCUACGAAAGCACGUACGAUGAGUACUACCGGUAUUGUUUGACUGGUGGAUUCAUCCCCUUAGUCAAGUUCCCUGUCGGUCCGUGAGAUACAGACAGACAGACAGACGGACACGAAGACACAUACCUCAAUCGAUGUGUUGCUGUCCCUUUCAGUGUCUCGUGACACGAUUGACGAGUUGACGGACGCCUGCAACGUCCAGGCCACAAAGCGACGCCUCACUGUGGAUGUGAGCGGACGACGAACAGACACACCAACGUCAAGAGGCUCGAUUGACAUUCCUCCGUGUGUGACUGCAUGCAGUACUACUUCGACACGCAGACGCAGACGUGCCGACCGGCACCGACGGGCGAAGAAACCAAGACGGCCGACUACGUCAAGACACUCCCACUCGAUGUGCAGCAGGACCUCAACACCAAAUGCCGCACUCUCUUCGGCAGCCCGGUUGGUCAUGACACACACAGGCACGUGGGAUUGGUGGACGACGGCUGCGUUUCUGUUUUUGAUGUGUGUGUCCAGUUUUUACUUUUGGAGCACACAGCAGAACCAGUGCAUGCACGCGUGAGCACACCAGUCCACACACAUAUUUCUGCGAGUGCGUCCAGAACUCGCCAGCAAGAGACAUCAGCCCACAUGGAU